AUGUUACGCAUUGGCAUUAGAAGUUUGAGUAGCAGCUGUGUGAGGCAUGCAGCUCCUGCCCGUGGCAAAGCCCAAGGAUUUGCCAAAAAAGUGAGUGCUGGAAAAACAUCUGCCAAGAAGGUAAGCGCUGGAUCGAUGUAUAAACCAUGGCAAGAGACUGUUGCUACUGCUAAAUUCAAUAAAAAUGCGGUUUCUGCGGAAAUUGGGACUUUCAAGCCAUUGGAAUUGUCCAAAAGUGUUGAUCAAAUUGUCAACUUUUCUGAUGCACAAUACAAAAGCCUUUAUAUCAAUGGCUUAUUCAAGCAGAAUCAGUUCAAUGAACUCUUCCCGCAUCCAAUAAGCUUGGUCAGACGUAGUACGACGCUAGAUCUAUUUGAGAAGUUGACUAAGAAAUCCAAUAUCACAGCAAAAUACAUUUUAACCGGUGAGGCCGGUGUGGGAAAAAGUGUACUUCUAGCGCAAGUGAAUGCGCUAGCCUGCGAUCUCAAAGCAUUGGUUAUCAACAUUUCUCAUCCAGAGCUGUUCAUGAAUGGUACCAGUGACUUUUUCCAUGAUGGAUCCAAUUAUGUGCAGCCCAUGUACCUAAAGGGCUUGCUCACCAAAAUACUCAAAGCAAACGACCACAAGCUUCUUUCCUCGAUUCCUCUCGCAGAUAGCUACAAGUUCCCCAAUGCUGACCCCAGAGAUUCCUCUAGUCGAAAGUUCAUUCAGCUGAACGCCAAGGAAAACACACUACUUGACCUUCUGUCAAUGAAAACCACUUCACGCAGCCGUGGAGAGGUUUUCCGCGCUCUCAUAUCCGAACUGUCAAGACAGGAAAGCGUGCCUGUCUUUUUCUGUGUCGACAAUUUUUCUCGUAUCUUAAGCGAGCCUUACACGGCUUACAAAAGCACAGAGAACAAAAACAUUCACGUAUUGGAGUUACAACUGGGCAAAACCAUAAUGGACAUUGUUAAUGGCAACAUCGAUUUUGCCAACAAGUCUAGCAGCGUAGUCUUGGCUACAUCCGGGUCCGAUAGAACUAACAGGACGCUUCCAGUGGGCCUGCAAAAGCUACCGCAUGACCCAUACAUUAGCAGAAAGCAUUAUGACCACGAGCUUUCCAGCAUGUUGGCGAAGGGAGGACUACAGGAGUUUCCUUUGGAGAAAUUGGCCAAGGAGGAAGUUAGAAAACUGAUAGAAUUCUAUUCCAAAUCUGAAAUCGUUUUGUCGAAGGAUACCGAAUCGCAAGACUUUGAAAAGCUCGUCGACGAAAAGUACAUUCUGAGCGGUAAUGGUAACCCUAAAGAACUGUUGAAGAGCUUAGUUCUACAUUUUUCAUGA